AAUAACAAAAGAACCAUUCAAAAGAGACAAACCACUCAAAUAUCCAACCCGACACAAACCCAAACAAAGUUGUGAAAUCGAUAGCAGAAAAAAAAAAACUGAAUUCUCAAAUGUUGAAAUCACUGACCUUCAAACCCAUCUUUCUCAACCUCACAACAACAACACUCUUUCCAAUCUUUAAAUUCAAUUCUCGUUACUCUUCAACCACUUCACAUCAAAACCAAUUCACCGUCUCAUAUCUCGUUACCAAUUUCGGUUUCUCCUCAGAAACCGCUAGAAAAGCUUCAAAACACUUUCAUUUCGACACUUCCGAAAAGCCCGAUUCAGUAAUCACCAUCUUCAGAAACUACGGUUUCUCUGAUUCCCAGAUAAACAACCUUGUUAGACAGGCACCCAACAUUCUUAAAUGUGACCCCCACAAAAGGGUUUUGCCAAAGUUUCAAUUUUUACUCUCAAAGGGUGCUUCAAAUUCUGACAUUGUGGAGAUUGUGGUCAGAAGCCCUAGGAUUCUCUAUUCAAGUCUUGACAAUUGCAUACUCCCUACUUUUGAAUUGGUAAGAAGGUUCCUUCCAUCUAACGAGAAAGUUAUUGAACGAAUACUUCAAUGUAAGUUUUUCUUUGGUCAUUAUCAUGUUAUUAGGAAUGUGAAGUUGUUGCUUGAUUAUGGAGUCACUGACUCAAAUAUAAGACACUUGUUACUUAAAAGACCGUCUAUAUUGUUGUCUUAUGACAUGAGGGGUGCUUUGGAUAUGGUUAAGGAAUUGGGGUUUAAUGAUCCUUCCAAUGUGAAUUUUUGUAUAGCAUUGUUAGCCAAAAGGGCCAUGUCGGAAUCUAGGUGGGAUGAGAAAGUUGUUGCCUUUAAGAAAUGGGGUUGGUCUGAUGAAAUGGUUCUCGAAGCGUUUAGGAAGCGACCGUUGUGUAUGCUAUCAUCCACAGAGAAAAUUAAUAAGGUCAUGAGAUUUUGGGUGAAUGAGUUGGGUUGGAACUCGUUGGCUCUUGUCAAAAGGCCGGAUAUUUUUUCAUAUAGUUUGGAGAAUAGGAUCAUUCCGAGGGCUUGUGUUGUUUCAUAUCUGAUCUCGAAAGGUUUGAUGGAAAAUAAUGUUGAAUUGUCUACCCCUUUUGCUGUUAAUGAAAAGGUGUUUCUUGAAAAGUAUGUGCAAUGUUUUGAAGAGGAAAGACAUAAUUUGUUAAAGCUAUACCACGAGAAAAUGAAUGGUAAGAAGAUCAAGGAAAAUGGUGAAGUGCCUGUAAGCUAUUGAAUUGGCGAAGAUAUCAUAAACCUUUGUGGAAUUUGAAAUAUAAGGAUGUUCAUAUUUCACAAAUUCCUUGCUGUUUGAAUGUUAAGCAAAGACAAAGUCGGAAUGAUUUAAAUGUUGAUUUUUGUAGAUUUAGAUGUUAAGCUGGGAAAUGUAUUGGGUGACUGCUGCAGAUUCUUUUUAUGGAAUCAUUUCUUGUAGUAAUUUUUUUGUUUAGAUAAGUGUAUCUAAGAAGUACUACUAGCUAAGGAUUAGUAGCUUAUUUCUUGAUUCGGUUUUGAAGUUCCUUCACCUUGUUUGAUGAAAGAAAAUAUGGAUGAGGGCAAGAAUUUGUAAUAGACUUUGGAGAUGAAACAAACUCAUUUUUUCAGAUUAUGCCAAUACAAUUUGAGAAGUGCUUUUAAUUGAAAAGGAUAUGGCAAAAUAAUAAUUGAUAUGUUUCAUUUGAUAUAUAGAAAAUAACACUAAAAUGUUUGGAAUUACUUCUACUUAGUUAUUUGAUUUGUUGAACUUAUCCUUUUGUGUUUUUUACUAUUCCAAUUAUCAUUAUGGUGCAUACAGUGGUACCGUGAUGACUAGCUGUGAUUUAUCAAACUCACUGUGAUACCAAAGAAGCACUAAAACUAACAGAAGCUUUACAUGCUUUUCUGUCAAAGACUCCUGCAUUAGAUUUGUAAGUAAUUCUUUUAAGUACUUUUCCUGUCAAAGGCUCUCUACACCCCUAUGCAGAUUACAUUUUGUAGGAGACACUAGAAGAGGCGCGAGGUGCAUUACCAUGUUGGGUGACCGCAAUGUUCGACACCAUCUCUGAAGCAAUCUUGCAAUGUUUGAAUCUCUUACUCCAUUCUCAAUCAGCAAUCUGAUGUUAGAUGGCACAAGAGUGUCACACAAGAAAAAAGGAUUGUGAAAUGUCCAAGCAAUAGUGUCCUUGUCAGAUUGAAAGAAUCUAUACGUCAAUUCAUAGAUUGGGACUAUUUGAUUCUUCAGGCUUAGUAAGAGGCAACUCUGGGGAAAAAAAUUGAAACUUUGUUGACACCCUUUUGGAUAUUUUGCAGGAAAUAAGAUACAGUCCCUUUACAAUUAAAUCACACUGUUGGGAUUUGAGAGACCAUGGUUUAUAAAGACGUUGAGAACUGAAUCAGGUUUUUGGGCGGUCUUGAAACGACAAUUAUAAGUGGACUAAAGUUUUGAAGCAAAUUGUGGGGAGAAACCAAAGUUAUGGAUAAGGUAGAAGACUGGAAAUGAGGUUGAAUCAGAAGUGUUGGUGCAGAGAAAAUGGUGAUAAAUUUGGAAAUGUUGAUGUUUGCGGGGAAGUUAAGCCCUUGAGAUAGAUUAUUAGGGUUCUGUGGCGCCAUGUUUUGAAUUUUAACAUGAUGAUAGAAAGAAAUGGAACGUUUAUUUAGGAAAAUAAAGAAUGAUGAUAAGUAAGUAAAUAGAUAGUUCGCCGAUUAUAUAAUUUCAUAUGGAACAAUAUUUUCACAAAUUUAACAAACUUGUGGAGGAUGAUGGUUCUGUCAAGCCAGUUAAGAUUAUCACAAAUAGACCAGCCAAAUAGCAGCAAAACCACAAUACAGUAAACAUGACAGUAAAAAUUACCAUUGUGACUGUACCGCAAAAACAAGCUCAGCAGGAACGUGAUUAAGCAGAAUCGUAAAAACCAUAAUAUUACGCACGAAGUAGUAUCCCACAAAGCAGAUUCGCACACAACCAGAAACGCAGCGGGUUGAAUACGAUAAUGAAGAUAUACUAGUAUUUAACCAGUAUUGCAGAAUAAGAAACAGAAUGUAACAAUGCAGAAACGACUGAUACAGAAGCGUAAAGCUUAAGCCUUUCUUAGAAAAUUGUGUGAACUUGCAAUGGGUUUAUAGUGGGAAUAGUAAGACAUAAGAGAGAUUAUUUCAAUGAAUCAAAUGAUGUAGCCAUGGUAAUUUAUUUAAGUUUAAAACUUAUUUUGGUUAAAUCAAAUACAAC